UUACGCGUGGACACCGGACACCAGGCUGGGGCGGCGGCGGCGUCGGGGCCACACGUCCGUCCGCGGGUCGCCGGGGCUGCGCGCGCCAUGGAACCCGGGUGCCCGCCGCCGUGCGCCUGCUGCGAGCGAGUGGUGCUCAACGUGGCUGGGCUGCGCUUCGAGACCCGGGCGCGCACGCUGGGCCGCUUCCCGGACACGCUGCUCGGGGACCCGGUGCGCCGCAGACGUUUCUACGACGGCGCGCGCCGCGAGUACUUCUUCGACCGGCACCGGCCCAGCUUCGACGCGGUACUCUAUUACUACCAGUCGGGCGGGCGCCUGCGGCGGCCGGCGCACGUGCCGCUCGACGUCUUCCUGGAGGAGGUGGCCUUCUAUGGGCUGGGUGCCGCGGCGCUAGCGCGCCUGCGCGAGGAGGAGGGCUGCCCCUUGCCAUCGGAGCGCCCCCUGCCCCGCCGCGCCUUCGCGCGCCAGCUCUGGCUGCUCUUCGAGUUCCCCGAGAGCUCGCAGGCCGCGCGCGUGCUCGCCGUUGUCUCAGUGCUCGUCAUCCUCGUCUCCAUCGUCGUCUUCUGCCUCGAGACGCUGCCCGACUUCCGCGACGACCGCGACAGCUCGGGGCUCGCCGGGGUGGCUGCAGCCGGCCCGUUUCCGGCUCGGCUGAACGGCUCCAGCCCAGUGCCUGGACCCCCACCUCGCUUGCCCUUCGAUGACCCGUUCUUUGUGGUGGAGACAUUGUGCAUCUGUUGGUUCUCCUUUGAGCUGCUGGUGCGCCUGGCGGCCUGCCCAAGCAAGACAGCCUUCUUCAAGAAUGUGAUGAACCUCAUCGAUUUCGUGGCCAUCCUGCCUUACUUUGUGGCACUGGGUACUGAGCUGGCCCAGCAGCGGGGGGUGGGCCAGCCAGCCAUGUCACUGGCCAUCCUGCGAGUCAUCCGACUGGUACGCGUCUUCCGCAUCUUCAAGCUGUCCCGGCACUCAAAGGGCCUGCAGAUCUUGGGCCAGACCUUAAGAGCCUCCAUGCGAGAGCUGGGCCUCCUCAUCUUCUUCCUUUUCAUUGGUGUGGUCCUCUUCUCCAGCGCAGUCUACUUUGCUGAGGCCGAGCGGGCAGACUCCCAUUUCACCAGCAUCCCUGAGUCCUUCUGGUGGGCGGUGGUCACUAUGACCACAGUUGGCUAUGGAGACAUGGCGCCCGUCACUGUGGGCGGCAAGAUAGUGGGCUCUCUGUGUGCCAUUGCCGGCGUGCUGACCAUUUCCCUACCUGUGCCAGUCAUUGUCUCCAACUUCAGCUACUUUUACCACCGGGAGACAGAUGACGAAGAGGCUGGGAUGUACAGCCAUGUGGACACGCAGCCCUGUUGCCCACUGGAGGGCAAGGUCAAUGGGGGGUUUGUGGAUCAAGAGGUUCCUGAGCUCCCACCUCCACUCCUCUGGGCUCCCCCUGGGAAACACAUGGUCACCGAAGUGUGA